AUGGAUCCAAAGGAGAAGGAUAUAUUGUUUGAUUGGUUACGUACUAUAGUGGAAGAUAAAUAUCCAAACACUUUUGAAACAGUAGAGCAAUCAAUAUUUGACUCGUUAUUACUAUAUAUGAAAGAUUCUAUCCCAAACGAUGUUUUUCUUAUAACAACAGAUAAAAUACAAAAUAGUUUGAUCGAGUACAACAACGAUAUCAAUAUAUUGAAUGAAAAAUUUUUUAAAAGAGGGAAAGUACCGUUUACUAUAAGAAGGGUAUGUGAACUGGUCUACGAUCCAUUGAAAUAUGUUCAGCAAGAUCAAUUUACAAAAUUUGUUAAUGCUUUGAAGAAAUGUAUAUAUGUGGAAUCUGAUUAUGAUUUCGAAUUGAAACAAAAUUUCAAUCAUCUGGUUGAUCAAAAUCAAUUAUCUUUGUACCCUUCAUCCUUAUCCCCUAAUAUCUCCCUGGCUAAUAAAGAGAUUUCUAUGUCACAGAUACCCUUUAUGCCGAAAGAGAAUGGAGACAGUAUAUCUGAAUUAAAGAUAAAAAGAGAGUACAACGAAUUUUUAAAAGAAAUUGAUUCAGUGAUGAGUGUGAAUUACGAAUAUGAUGAAGAGGAAGAUAUCAAUGAAGAUAUGGAAAUAACAGUUGGAGAUCUAAAUGAAGAUGGUUUAGAAUUUGAUGACGAGGAGGAUGAAGAUUAUGUAGAAGAGGGGUCUGAUGAGGAAGAAAGGUCUGAUGAAGAGGUGGAAGAAGAAAAUGAGGACAAUAACGAAGGUGGGGUUGAGGAUAAGAAAGAAACUGAUAAACAGAUUAGUGAAUAA